GUGUUUAAAUACAGCCAUACAGCCUUUUUUAUGCAUACAAAAAUUCUGACUAUUUCCCUAAUUCUGUUCAUGGAGAGAGGCUUGUGAUCAUUUACUAAUCUUUUGUACUCAGUUUACAGUAAUUCAGUGUUGCUAUUCUGCACAACUGCAAAUCUUUUAAGAAGCUUUAUAUAAUGCACCUGGUGUGCAGCACAAAAAGGGAAAAUAUUAUGCUUAUUCUUUUUUUCUUUGUUCUGCUGUAUACUUAACUCGAUUUCCUAUAUCUUUAGCUUGUGUAUGAUUUUUUUCUUGUAUGUAAUUUUGCAGAUUGUCUUUUAUUUUCUUUACAGAUUUAGGUAAUUCUAUUUUCUUGCCCUGUUCAAAAGGACCAUUGACAGGUCCUUGCUUUCAGGCUGGUUAGAGACUCAUUAUUUCUAUUUUAUUGCUUAUGCAUUGUUCAAUAAAAAAACCUUUAUGAAAUAUUGCUGAUUUUGUUUAUCAUUUGAAUGCAUAAGCUUAAAAACAGUCAGAUAUAUAGUGUAUACAGAAGAUUAUUAUAAAUAAUAUGUGUCUUUAUAGGUUAAAAUCUAUGGCACAAAUAUUUUUUCUCAAAAAUAUUUAAAGCUAGAAUUAUUUCACAAUAUGCAGCCCUAUUAAUGAUUUUAAUUUUGCUCAGUAUGAAAAAUAUUUACAGUAUCACUGACAAAUAUUUAGAUAGCUUUACGUAGAAAGGGUCAGGAGAUAUGGAGGACUAAUGAAGGUGUUAUUACUUAUAUAUUUUAAUUUCUAUAAUAUAACUUAGAAAAUAUAAAAGUAAGCAGGAGUUUCUCUAAGCUACUGUAUUAAUAUAUCAAUAAUUGAUUGUAUUUAAUAGUAAAUUUUUAUAUGCAAUGAAGACAGUUAUUAAUAUAUUAAUACAGAAGCCUUGAGACUGCUACUUAGAGCAGUUUACCUAAGCUACUCUAUUAAUAUCAAUAAUUGAUUGAAUAGCAAAUGAUUAUAUGCACUGAUGCCAAUGUAAUAAUGUUACUUAUAAGACAACGGAAUUUGCAGGUAUUUUUAUUAAACUGGAUAGGAAGCAUGCUUAGUAUAAAACCAAUAAAUGAAUUAAUGUUGUCAUGCAUUUAUUCAUUCAUUUAGGAGGUCUGCGGUGCAGUCGGUGUUCAGGUUUAUCCCAAAGGUGUUCAGUGGGGUUGAGGUCAGGGCUCUGUGCAGGACACUCGAGUUCUUCCAGUCUAACCUUGGUAAACCAUAUCUUCAUGGAGCUCACUUUGUGCACGUUCACAUUGCCAUGCUGGUAGAGCUUUCAGCCUCUUAGUUCCAGUGAAGGGAAAUUAUAAUACUACAGCAUGCAACGACAUUCUAUACAAUUGUGUGCUUUGGAGAACUUUGGGGAAGAACCACAUAUGAGUGUGAUGGUCAGGUGUCCACAUAAUUUUGGUCAUAUAGUGUAUGUGUGACUGGAGUAAAAGAUCAACAGUAAACUCGACAUACAGUAGAGCUGUACAGUUGGGCUGUUUGGUCAUUCUGGUGACUUACCGCAGGGUGGCGCUGUUCCUCCUCCGCUCCUGAUCAUGGUUCUGAUUGGACAGCAGCUCCUUCAGCCCUGCGCUCUGCACUGCGCGGGUCAACAGCCAACAUCUUGCACAACACAGGACACAGGACACACAAAACCCGGCUCUGAGGUUGCCAAGAACAAGGACGUACAGAGAGACCUGAAGCCAGACUUCAUGGAUCGGAUUUCUGAAUGCAUGCUGCGUCACAGCAUCGGUGAGUUCUGCAUCGGGAAGCUGCUCAACCGUCCAGUAAGUUCUGCAGCACUCAGUUUCUUUUAGAGAUCCAGGUCUUUGUCAUCCACCUCGCCUGUCUGAUCCCUGGGGGACCAACACACUGCAGAGAUGACAGAGGCACAGAGAGAAUAGCAGAUGGGAUGAACAUUCUUGGAAUAAAUUGAGGUUUUAGAACCACAACAUGUAAGCAAGAUAUUGAUGAAAUAUAACAUGGCCUUAAAAGACUAAUAACUGACAAGGUCACCAUGGGAUUAAGCACAGUAUUUUUUAAUAUAGUGCCAAUAUUUUAUGAAUUGACUCACUGGUCGGAGAGAGAAGUCCAGAGACUGGAGCAAUGACACUCUCUAAAUAACUCCACAACUGGCAGCUGUGGUGAGCAGGUCUGUGGCGAUAUGAUCUCCAAAGUGUCAUGUCUGUACCUGCUGACGGUGCUGUGCUGGGCCAGCGCUCUAUGGUACCUCAGCGGCACCCGGCCCUCCACCUCCUAUGUUGGCCACAUGUCUAUCCCCGUUCGCAGGCAGCCUCCAAGAUUGGCAAAAAAUGUCACAUUCAGCAACAUCCGGACACGCACGCUCAAUCCACACGCAUUCCACUUCCUGAUCAAUGAGCCGAAGAAAUGCGAAGGCAACCCACCCUUCCUGCUAAUCCUCAUCAGCACCAACCACAAGGAGUUCGACGCCAGGCAGGCCAUCCGCGAGACAUGGGGAGACGAGAGCACAUACAGCGACAUUCGCAUCGUCACGCUAUUCCUGCUUGGUCACAACUCUGAGCCAGUCCUCAACCAGAUGGUGGAGCAGGAGAGCCAGAUCUUCCAUGACAUCAUCGUCGAGGACUUUGAGGAUUCUUACCGAAACCUGACGCUGAAAACGCUGAUGGGAAUGCGCUGGGUAGCCUCAUACUGCCCUGAUGCCAAGUACGUCAUGAAGACUGACAGUGACAUAUUCGUCAACAUGGACAACCUUGUGUUGAACCUGCUAAGACCCAACGCACAGCCCAGGCAGCGUUUCUUCACAGGCCAUGUCAUAAACGGAGGGCCUAUCCGAGACACGCGCAGUAAGUGGUACAUGUCCAGAGAGUUGUACCCCGAGAACAAGUACCCCCCUUUCUGUUCCGGGACAGGGUACGUGUUCUCUGGUGACAUGGCCGAGUUGAUUUAUAAGACUUCCCUCCAUACACACCUCAUUCACUUGGAGGACGUGUACGUGGGGUUGUGUCUGCGCAAGCUUGGUGUCCACCCAAUCCAGAACAGUGGCUUUAACCACUGGAAGAUGAGUUACAGCCUCUGCCGCUACCGCAGAGUUGUCACCGUGCACCAGAUCUCACCAGAGGAAAUGCACAGGAUUUGGAAUGACAUGUCUAGUAAGAAACAUCUCAAGUGCUAACAUCCUUUACAUCACCAUCCAUAGUCUGGGAGGAGGUAGUAGUCCUUUGCUAGUGUUUCAAUUCUACAGGAAUCAACUGUGGAUCUGAAUCAUGUAUGAAGGUGGAGCAGUGGUGGCUCAGGGCUUACGCCUAUAAGUUAGUAACGGGAUUAUGAGUUUGAAUUUCCAGAAAACUACGAUUGGAGCCUUGAGCAAAGCUCUUAACCCUGCUUGGAAUGUAUCCUUUGUCAAUUGUAAGUUGCUUUGAAUAAACAUAUUUGCCGAAUGAAUAAAUGUAAAAAAGGUAUAGAUAACAAGAUAUAGGACCGACUAGAUCUUGCCUGUCCAUAUAACCAAUAUAUGCAAGGCAGAAUUCGAUUCUAUUCAUCAUUCAGUCUCAUGUAUAGCUUGAGAAAUUUGCUGCAAAGUGCUGAUGGGUAUUAUGGCUUAAACCUGAGCCAAAAUUGAAUAACAUUUUUAAUUCCUGUACUUUUAUUCAUAAUUCCUGAUUCAGAGACAGACAAAAUCUCUGCCAUGGACUGAAUAGAAAAUCUUUUAGCUACAACUGUACAUGUGUUUUUCUCUGGCUGAAAUGAUAAAAAGAUAAGUAUUGGUGCACCAGGCAGAGAUCAAUGCACACUAUCACCAUUAUCUUACAAUUUACAACUUUGCUAAUCUGCGACUGUGCAAAUAAUUAUACACCAGCAAGAAUGGGAAGAUAGGGGAUACUGCGUUAGAGCCUAAUAACAGCUCUGUCAGAUUAACAGCGUUAAGAACAUUUUUCUUAAUACCUAGAUGCACUGAGAUGUAGUCCCAUAGAGAUAUGGUUAAGUAUCUUUCAGCAGCCCACUGAACUGAAAGAGCACAAUACACAGCAAGAGUAAGCAGAAUCUAAACAAUAGCAGGGGUGGACAAAUAAUAAAUGAAUUAGCCAAGCCACAGCAUGCUCCCCAGUCCCACGUUACGGUUGCCUGGAAACCUAACUGACUAGCCUAAAAAGUUGUAGCUAGCAUAAUAGAAUAACAUAUUGGCAAUCUAAUUAGCUAGUUAAGUGCAUUAAUACAGACUAGAGUAUUAUCCUCUUCUAACAAUUUGUAAUGCAGCUCAUGGUCUUUGCACCCUCGACCAAACAUCAGCAAGUUGUUGGACAACAUUUGACUAUGUGAUAUCUUUGGCUUCACAUGUAAAACAUAUCAAAGACAUUCAUCUUUAUAUUCUCUUAGAAUGUUUAAAACCAUUCGAAUAUUUUCCUUGUUUCCUGAUUCUAAAAAGUUUUCGUUAUCUGUGCAAAGUAAUAAAUCAGCCUAGUAAAAAAACAUUUUACCGUGAGCCAGAUAGCACCUGUCCUAUAUUCUCCCAAACCUCAUUACAACAUGAACAACUGUAGUUGAUAUCUAUUUUAAACUUGCUUGAAAUCUGUGUGUAAUCUUAAAAGAAAUUUCUUUAGUCUUAUUAAUUAUGCAAUAACAAUUAAAUACACACCAAAAUCCUUCUAGCCAGGGAAUUUGACUGAAAGCACAUCAUAUUUAAGCUACAUGCCAGAUGAAAACAUUUGUUUUACCGAAGGGUUUUUCUCUUUACUCUGAACAAAAAACUAAUAGCGAGGACAUAGAUGGAAUCUGCUUGCACACUGAUUCAUCCACCCCUGUGUAAUAGUUUUUUCUUGUUAUCUUGCUGUUGCAGGAAAUCCUUUUGUUUGACAGUGUAUGAAAAUGAGACCCUAACAAUGUCUUUUUCUUCAAAUAUUAAAUAUGAUCUUAGUGCAUCCAGGUGUUAAUCUUCCUAAUGAUUCAAGUCUCAGACGCUCACUUUCUGUUAGCUCUUUCCAUCCUCAUAGAAAAAGUAUGAGACCAUAAAGUAUUAAUCCAAACUGUGACAUUAAAGACGUGUAUAUUCGCGAGCAGCUUUGCAAAGUAGUAGAGCUCAGUAGUGAACCUAAAUUAAGCAAUUAAACACAUUAAUGCCAAACUAGGCAUCAUUUUAAACAUCUUAAUACAGAGAUCAUAUGGACAUCAACAUCACAACCAAUACGCACAAAUAGAAAAGGCACGUACCAUAAAAUCUUUAAGUAAUAUAUAAGUAAUAUAUACUGUAUAUCCUAGAGAGCAUACGGAUGCACAAGUUCUGCUGCUAAUUAAGUAAAUAUGCCUCCAAGCUUCUACAAUAUGCAAACAAUUAUCUAAAGGUAUUAACUCCCUUCCUGAUAAUAUCACCAACACACCAACUUUUAGACUUUUAUUAGUGUUUUCUGGAUGAACUUGAGGAAAACCAUUUAUGACUAUAUGCACUAAAUAUUAAAUAUUAAAGCCACAAUCAGAGAUUUGUAAAGUACACUUUUGCUCCACAUUGUACAAUGAUAAUGUACAUGUAAUCUUAAAAGUAAUAAAGGUAAUAAAGGUAUAAUGCUGGUAUUGAAGAACCAACAACAAGAACAACUAUUAAAAUUUUUUCCCCCAAGAAUGCGUUAUACAAUGUAUUCAAAAUUGUGUACACAAUGGAGUGCAAAAGUUUGCAUCCCCCAUGUUUUCAGGAAGAAAAGGGAAGGAAAAUGAACCAUUAUUUAAAAAACAGAAAUAGGAAUAAAAUAUAAAAAAACGUAAAAAACAGAAAUAGGAAUACAUUUUUUAAAAAAUUCUAUUUUCCAAUUUUAUUACAGUGCAUUUCCCACAGGACUUUAGGACUACAUACAAGAAAAUGAGAUCAUAUUAGACCAGUUUGAGCAUUUUAUUACUAAUUUUUAAAUCUCUUAAUGGUAUGUAUCACUAAGUACCUAGCUUUUGGUUUUGUAUACACAUUCUCCAUAAACAUCAUCAUCAGCAUCAUAGAAUUAUAAUAGUAAUAUCAAAAAGAAUACAAGAGGGAUAUUCAUUAUGUAUUACUUUAUCUCACUAUUUUUGUUACUUAUAAUGAAGGAACAUCCAUAAACCCAAACACACUAAACGUCAUGCUGCUUUAAAAUACAUUUCUUUGCCUUUUUUUAAAAGUUAUUCCUAGGGUUUUGCGAAUUUAUGCACCUGAAUGUAUAAUUUAUGGUUUAUUGACUGAGAUAGCUGGGGUUUAUUUUAUUUUAUUUUAUUUUAGAUUGCAUAUUGACCUUGAUGCUGCCAUUUGUAAUGAAUUUUCAGAUUUUGUUAUUUGCUUAUUUUCAUGUCAGGGUGUAUCAUCUCUCUGAGCUUGAUGAAUGAAUUUUUUUAGAGGACUGUGUCACUCCUAUUAGCUGCUUCCUCCAGAGCUGAGGAAGCACCUUUAUUACUCUGAAAUCUCUGACUGUGGCUUCCGAGCUGUGAGCUAUGAGCUGAUGGCGGUGUGUAGUAGGGAAACGGGAUGGGACGAUCAGUCUGUCAGUACAUCAUGGUGAUACACAAGCUGUAUGAUAAAUACCACUUUUUUAAAAAAGGCUACUGAUUGUGCACUUUAAAGGAAAAGGAACUGACUCCUUGUCAUGGCAUCUCUGAAGGUUUAAUUAAACAUAUCCUUCAUUUUUUAAAUAAACGCCUUAAUAAGUGUGAUUCCUUUUGUAUCUGUCCUAUUUUCUCUGGUUUAUGACAUUAAUCUUUAUCAUGUCUUGCAUAGGACACUGUUCCUGUUGGCCACAGAUUCAGUGCCAAGAUUUCUGUUUAAAAGUAUAGAAAUAAAUAGGUAUUGUAUGUUAUAGAAUAGUAGAUGAUAUAGGUAUGAUAUGCUUUACUACAGUACAGUAGAAAAAACUGCUAUCACAUAGUAUAAUAUAGCAUAGCAUAGCAUAGUGUAGCACAGCAUGGUAUAGUACUGAUAUCUACCUGUAACUGCUUACAUUUGCGUGGGCCAAAACAAUUUAUUUUACUAAGUGUAAUUUAUUGGAAAUGAGAGACUCAGACCUCAGCUGUAUAGUAUAGUAUAGUAUAGUAUAUAUAGUAUAGGUAUUUUUCCAUCCAAAUCCUGCAUGUCUGCUGUAACUGUUAUGGACCUUUAAAAUGUUUAAAUUUGUGUAAUAUUGUAAUUUUGUAAAUUUGUGUAAGAUUGUAGUGUAUUGGAAAUGAGAGACUCAGACCUCAGCUCUGGAGUGUGAUUAAAUGAAAUUAAUUGCACUGCUGUGUUGGUCUUGACCUCCAUAACGCAUGUGGUGCAUUUGGGGAA